GGAUUGAGGAACAUUUUGGAAGGUUUACAUAUAGCUUGUCUAACACGAUUUGGGUUGGGCGGGCAAAAGAAUCUACGUUUAGAAUUUCAUUUCUGCAGCAACGCCCGGGAAACACAGUCGUCCAUUGAUCGAUCAUUCACUAUGCAGUCAAAGAAAAGAGGUCUUUCAUUAGAAGAGAAGCGAGAGAGAAUGUUGCAAAUCUUUUAUGAUUCACAAGACUUCUUCCUUCUAAAGGAGCUUGAGAAAUUGGGGCCUAAGAAAGGUGUUAUCAGCCAGUCUGUAAAAGAUGUGGUACAAAGUUUGGUGGAUGAUGACCUUGUUUCAAAAGACAAGAUAGGGACUUCUGUAUAUUUUUGGAGCCUUCCUAGCUGUGCAGGAAAUCAGCUAAGAAAUGUGUACAAAAAGCUUGAGAGUGAUCUCCAAAGCAGUAAAAAGAGGCACUCAGAACUUCUUGAACAAUCUAAGAAUUUGAAGAAAGGACGUGAGGAAUCUGAUGAGCGAGAAGAAGCCCUAGAGGAGUUAAAAGCUACUGAACAGAAACACAAGGAGUUGAAGGAAGAGUUGGCACAGUAUGCAGACAAUGACCCGGCUACUAUUGAAAGAAUGAGGAGUGCAAUUCAAGUUGCUCAUGCUGCAGCCAACAGAUGGACAGAUAACAUCUUCACACUGAGACAAUGGUGUUCCAAUAAUUUCCCUCAGGCCAAAGAGCAACUGGAUCACCUAUACAAUGAGGUAGGAAUUACGGACGACUUGGACUAUUUGGAGUUGCCUUCGGCAGCCUCCCUUUGCCCUGGUGGAGAACAGAUAGUUUGUGAGUCAACUUAGAUCCUCUAAAAAAUCUUGCUUUACGUUCAUCCCCAAGCUAUUAUAAAUCACAACCCCCCCACCCCCACCCCCCGCAUACCCUUUAUAUCUUUCUGUGAUUUGCUAAUUAAUAUUGAAUGUGUGUAAGUAAGUGUGUAACCCGCACUUCUUUCUUGUCCAAUCAUUAACCCAAUGCAAUUCUUUGUUGCAUUAAAAUCUUGAUAAUUUC